AUGGACAUGGGAACAUCAAGCAUGAGUAUGGGAGGUGCGACGGCGACUGCAACCGGGACGGCUGCAGCAAACACCGCUGCGGCCAUGAAUAUGGGAGGUGGAUGCCAAGUUUCUAUGCUUUGGAAUUGGUAUACCAUUGACUCAUGUUUUAUCUCGAGCACUUGGCAUAUUACCUCGAACGGAAUGUUCGCCGGCUCUUGCAUUGGUGUGAUACUACUCGUCAUGUCACUAGAGUUUCUUCGUCGAGCGUCAAGAGAAUACGAUCACUUCAUCGUCCGUCAAGCACGAAAUCAGCAACAGCACAUCCAGUCUAACUCAGAAAUCAACCCCAAGAUAGACGGAUCCGGUCCUCAGUCCACUCAAACUGUCGUUACUUCACACAAAAGCACGCAAAGCUUUCGACCAGAUCUCUUGCAACAGAUAAUCAGAGCACUUUUUCAUAUGAUACAGUUCGCAGUGGCAUACUUCGUUAUGUUGCUGGCUAUGUAUUUUAAUGGAUAUAUCAUCAUCUGUAUCAUAAUUGGAGCUUUCCUCGGUGCUUUUGUGUUCAGUUGGGAGCCGAUAAAUUUGGGAUCUAAUGACAAUGAAGAGGCAACCUUUUGCUGUGGUUAG